UAUGUGUUGCGCAAUUUGCUCCGUACGGAAUACAUAUAAUUGCAGUGCUUUCAGAGUACAGAGGACUUCGACAGAGUUUUUUCUCUCACAUUCAUUCCUUCAUCUCUCUGAACUGAACCUCUUCAAAAUUACUCCCCACUUCCAAUACUCUUUCUUCGCCUCCUUCAUUCUCCCAGCUCCCUCUAAUGGCUACCAAAUCUGCUGGAGAACCCUCAGAACCACUUAAAUACCAGACAUGGAUCCUGAAAGUUUCCCUCCACUGUGAAGGUUGUAAGAGGAAAGUCAAGAAAGUUCUACAGAGCAUUGAUGGUGUUUUUACCACAGCCUUUGAUUCACAGCAACACAAAGUUACAGUGACCGGAAACGUCGCAGUUGAGACCUUGAUUAGAAAGCUGCUUAAAACAGGGAAACACGCCGAGAUUUGGUCGGAAAAUAUCGCCGCAAAAGAGAAAAAAUCAGGGAGAGCAAAGAACAAGGACAAAGAUAGUGACCCAGAAAGUGGCAUAAACGACAAUGACAAAAAAGACGAGAAUCCAUGUGAGAAGAAAGUUGAAGAGAAGCUUAGCUCUGUUAAAAAUAGUGGAAAAGAAAAAUCGCCGGAAAAUCAUCCCGGCGAUGAGGAGUCGCCGAAGGUGGAUCAAAAGGGCAGCGAAAGUGAGGGCGCUGCUAGUACUGCUGCAAAAGGUGGCGGUAAAAAGAAGAAAAGGAGAGGGGAAAAAGGUAAUAAUGCUAGCAGUGGUCUGGCUGCACCAUUAUUUGGUACGCCUGCAAGCACCGGAUCUCAAAGUCAUGAUCUGGGUAUGAAUCAUGGUGUGGGGCUGAUGAAUCUGAACCCUACACGUCAGUCAUCAAGCCACCACCCACAAGGAAAUUACCAUCAACCGGUGUAUGUUGCAAGUUACAACAGGAUACAUCCUACCCAAAGUUUUGGUCCAUCAUAUGCAGGUACCCACCACGAGAUUUAUCCAGUGCAAGCAACACCGUUGGAUUCCUUUCAGAUUUUCAGUGAUGAAAACGCCAAUGGGUGUUCCAUCAUGUGAUUUCCGACCUUGUGGAGAUCGGACGGUGGGUAUUUUGAGCUUACAAGGGGGUGCAUCUUUUUCUGGAGAUUUUGUUAGUAUUGUAACUUCUCUUAUUAGGUAAAAGCUGAAAUCUCCUCUUGA